ACAUUUCACAGGGGCUAUUUCUAAUGAAACUCAUAAUUUUUGUAUACUUUCAAGGUUGUAAUCUCGCAGCAAUUGGCGUUCAUGACAGAAGUAUCAUACCCGACCAAAGCUUUUCCGCACCGACUUACUGGACAUCAAAAGGUUUUCCCUCAGAUUCUUUUAAAGCAAAGAACGCUCGACUAAACGGGGAUCUAUUUUGGGCUCCUGCAUCAAAAUCUAGCCCAGGGUACCUCCAGGUUGAUUUGCUGUCGCUGUACAAGAUUUGCGCCGUGGCAACACAAGGAUCGACCCUCCCCCAACUAGAUGUAAGGACCACAAGAUACAAGCUUUCCCUCUCAACAACGUCGUAUUCCUGGCAAAUCUACGAAGAAAGUGGCGCAGAGAAGGAGUUUCAUGGAAACUACGACAAGCCAACAGUUGUGAAGAAUGCCUUGGUAAACAGGCCAACGGCAAGAUACAUCAGAUUCAUACCAACACAAUGGGCAUUUGGGCCAGGCUUUCGCGUUGAAGUGUUUGGGGGGAGGGUGUGAGUUUUCUGAUAAAAAUCUGACCACCGCCGAAACAACAAAAA